AUGAGUACUGAUAUUUGUAAACUAAGGUAUCAUCACGGAGGAAAAUUGGUGAGAACCCCAACAGUUCAAUACAUAAAUGGGACUGAAGUUGAGUAUGAUGAAGAUAUUGAUUGCAUUUGUUAUCGGACUAUACUAGGAUCAGUGAAGUCCUUAGGAUACGAUAUAGGGAUGGCAGUGAAAGUAUACUAUGUAGAGGAGGGGAAGUCUUUGGAUGGAGAGUUGAAAUUAAUAUUGGAUGAUAAACGGGUUCUGGAAAUGUCAAAUCAGUUGAGGAAGACUAAAGUUGUAGAUAUCUAUGUCGAGCACUUAGAUGAGAAGGUUCGUGGAACAGUGUUUCCUGGUGCUCUUAGGCAACUAAUAGAAGGUUCCGAACAAUCUGUCAGUCAAGGGAGUGAAACAUGUCAGUUGCCCCCUACACCCUCUACACCUAGAUUUGAUGAUUCAGACACUAAUCUAGAAAGGGAUGAAAAUCAGAAUGAGUGUGAAUCUGGUGAAGAUCUAGCUGUAUUUAAGGAGGUACUUGCUUACAAAAAGGAUGAUAAAGUACCUUUUUCUUUGGGGAAAUAUCUUUCUCUUGAAACCCACAAAACCAGAACAAUGGAGGGAGACUUUGAUGCCGAGUUAAUUUUGAGUGAAGGCAGAGAGGUCGAAGUAUCCUCUGAUGAAGAAGGGUUCAGAGGAGUAUGGUUUACUUGUACCAUUCUGAAAGUCCUAGAGGACAAAACUAAAGACAAGGUCUUGGUUCGGUACAAACACUUGCUCGAAGAUGAUAAUCAAACGCCAUUGACCGAAAGUGUCGAGCUUUCCUUCAUUAGGCCAUUACCCCCAGUGCUCAAAAUCCCUGGUGACGAGUGUUUUGAAAUAAACGAUGUUGUGGAUGCGUUUCACCUUGAUGGGUGGUGGACUGGUUCUAUUUCUGAAGUUAUUGACAACCGGAAGAGGUAUAUUGUGUCUCUUCCAGAUCCACCUGAAGAGAUUGAGUUUUCUUAUUCUAAUUUGAGACCUCACUGGAAAUGGGCUAAUGGAAGAUGGGUUAAACCCUCCAAAUUUCAGGAAGUCCCCUCUUCAGAUUGUCAAAAACUGGAGCUAUCACGCAACGUUGUCAAAGAUGCUGAGGCAAAUAUUCAGCUUGAAAGUUCUGAUGCUGUAAAAAGUAGCAGCAAAAAGCAUGAGCUUUGCCGUGUAACUUCUAAAAAGAAUAAGAUGAGUCCAUCGGUCGCAUCUAGAGAACCAGCAAAGAGUAAGCAAGUAAGGCAGACAACACCUGAAGGUGAUGCUACAUCUUUACAUCCCUCCAAGAAGUUCAAACAUGAGAUGAAUCUGCAGAAGGAACGUGGUAUGAACAUACAUCAGAAAGAAGAUGGUUUGCUGGAAAGCAGACAACCAAAAUCAGUGCUUCGAAUCACCCGAUCUCCUUGUUGAUAUAAACGCUACUGCUGGUGUUCUUGAAGAAAUGGUUCCUGAAGACUACAAAGCCACAGAAGCUGAGUCAUCUGUGAUCUCAGGGUUGGAGCGAGCAGGUUCUCGAACAAUGUCAA